CGCUUCAACCCCAAAGAAAAACCCCCCAUUCGUAUCCAUUGCGCUCACUGCCUGUUUGUCUGGGCCUCUCGGUGCAGGUCCCGGCUCUCUUUCUCCCCUCUCACCCCGGGAUCCCCCUCCCAUCACCGCCUCAUCCCCGCCAACCACCAUGUCCACUCAACAACAGUUCCUGUCGCGCUCCUACAACGUAAACAAUCGAUCCGCCGGUGGGAAUGCAAACCCUCUCAAUACUUCCUCUUUUCCGCGGCAACGGCUGGGCGCUCCCGGACCCAGUGACUUUGGGCCCGAGGCUGCGAAGGCCUCGCAGCAGGCCCCGGCUCCUCCGGUCCAUUCGCAGACUCACGGCCCAUCGCAGGACUCGACUCCGCUGAGUCGGCUAACGGAGGAGCAGCGCGAAGAGAUCAAUGAAGCUUUCACCCUCUUUGACCUCGACCGCGACCAACACCUCGACUACCACGAACUCCGCGUCGCCUUCCGCGCCCUCGGCUUCACGCUCCCCAAACAAGAACUCAUCUCCCUCCUCACGACCUACGGCGCCUCCCGCCCACAAGUCCAGCAGGCCGCCGCGGCCCAACAGUCCCAGCAUCAGCAGCAGUCGCGCGCCGCGCCCGCCACCAACCCGCAGCACCCGUCCAACCUGCUCAUGCCGCUGUCGGCCUUCCAGGCCGUGACGGCGCUGAAGAUCCUCGAGCGCGACCCGCGCGACGAGAUCCUGCGGGCCUUCGAGCUCUUCGACGAGGGCGGCAAGGGAUACAUCGACCUGGAGGAUCUGCGGCGGGUGGCGAGGGAGUUGGGCGAGACGGGCCUCGAGGAGGAGGAGCUGCGCGCGAUGAUCGAGGAGUUCGACCUCGAGGGCGUGGGCGGUGUCACGAGGGAGGCGUUCGUGAGUAUCUGCUGGCAGUGAUACUUUUCUUUUGUUUUGUUUCUUGUACAUUUGUGUGUGUUUUUCUUUUCUUCAUUUGGGGUUCGUAGCAUGUUUUUUAUUCUUCCUUGUUUGGUUUUUUCUGCUUCUCUUUUUCCCAAAUCGCCCGCUUUGCUCAGUGCUCGGGAACAGGGUAUACACAUUGCUCUCAUCUAUCUUAUCGACAAGGGGAGAAGAACAGGGCGGAAAUGUCCUGGACGAUGACGGGUUUGUUCUGGUGAUUGGAACAUCAAAAUGAUCUCGAUUUUUGUGUUUCUUUUCUUGUUCUUGGUUUGGUAUGGUUCUUGCAUCGCCAGUCAGGUCUAGGUCUAUUUGAUUCGAGGUGCUUAGUUUGUUCUAUUGGCUGCUUUUGUUUGGGCAUUGGGUGGGCGCCUGGCAGUUUCUUGGUCGAUUUUUACAUUUAUUCCCUGCAAUUCCAUUUGGGUGUCU